AUGUCUAACGCCCAUCGUUUCGAUGGGCAUCAGAACCAUCGAGACUCGCCUUCAAGGCCUCCUCCUCAAAAUCAUCCCCAGGCAGCAAGUGGUUGGAUUGACGAACCGCCGAAGCCUUGGUAUUUCCUCGAGCUUGAUGCUCUAUUCAAUAGUCGCAACCCGCUCUUUCAGCCAAUGCGAUCGUUCAUCGGACGCCCCGAGUUUUAUGACGAAAGACCAGAGAUUCAACGAGAAAUUUUUGCCCGAGAAAAAGAGAGGCUCAUCCAAGAAGAUCUUCUCGAAAAGGAUAAUAUCAUAAACAUCAUCAAAAGAGUUUCGAAUGAAGCCCUCGAACAACACUGGCAAUCUCUUGUUCAGCGAUCAGAAAAUCCAAGAAAUGUAGAAAAAUUAAAUAAGUUUGCUGAUAAUGUCAACGCGCUGAAAGCGUCUCGUCGACCAAAAGCAGAAAUAGAUAGAGCAAUCGAAAUAUAUACAAGUUCAAAACGAGCGCUAAAUCUUAUCUGCGAAGAUGCAAGAACAAUAAAAGCAGAACUUGAUUGGCGGAAUAGUGCACGACAAAAUUUUUUGUUGGGAAAUCAGCCUCCUUCUGAAGAAACCACUCCUCGUCAGAGACAAUUUCAAGAGCCGAAUCCGCCGAUCGAUCCACGUGUCCGCCCGGGUCAAAAUAUUUCCCCGCCGAAGAGACUGAUCGACUACAGUCAAGGAGACAACAAGGAGAACAGAGAGGAAUUGGUGCAACGAGAUCCACCAAUUGUAGUUAAUCGAACUCGAAACGCAAGCGGAACCGUUUACAAUUACGAGCAAGCUCAAGCAGAUCCACGUCAACUUCCUCCACGGGCUAAUCGAGGGUGGUCUCUAGAGCCGUCAUCUGGUUGGAAUGAUCCUCCGACAAGAAGCGAUCAAGCUCUUAGAGGAAAGUCGCCAGAUCCACAACAAUGGCAUAGUCGCAAAAAUGACUGGUCAGCUGAGCCACCAACAAAUUGGAAUGAUCCGACUCCACCAGAAAGAACAACUUAUCAACAAAGAGAACAAGAGUUGUCUCGGAUCGCAGAAGACCAACCACGUAGUCGAUCUCCUGAAUGGAAUUCUCAACGCCGAAGGUCACCAGAGCCUCGUCGUAGGUCCCUAGAACGCCGGAAUUCACCAAAUCGCGACAGAAAGAAAGGUAGAUCGUCUGCGGACUCACCAGAGAGACGGAAAUCUCCAAGUCGUCGCCCGUCACGGGACAAAGAACGAAAAAGAGGAUCAGAGCGCCGAAAAUCCUCAUCGAAAUCACCAGAACGACGUCCUUCUCGUGACAAAAGCUCAUCUCACACGUCGAAAGAAAGAAGCUCCCGUGAAAAUUCUUCCGCUGAUAAGCGUCGUGAAAGAUCUCCGCCAGCCCGUCGUAGAACCCCUCCUCGAAGGCGCAGUCCUCCCCAAAGCACUCGUUCUCCUAAUAGACAGAGAAAGGAUCAUAAUAUUCGACCAGUGUCGAAUCCUCGCCAAACUCCACCGAGUCAACCUGGUCCGAAUAACAAUUUACCGAUGACUCCGGAUUCUCAGGUUCAACAGCUGACAGUUACUGUGAACGAGUUCAGUCCGUUGGGUAAUAGUGGUACGAUGCCAAGUAGAAGAAUGCUGGCAGAAAGGAAGAAACUUGAAGGUGAGCGUCAAGCACUUCAAAAGCAGCGCGAAGAAUUGCACAGAAAGAGGCAAGAGUUAGCGCUUUCGGCUAAGAGGAAAGAACACGAUUUUCAACGAAAACGACAGGAAUCCACGGAUAGUGAAUCCCCGGAAACGUUGCGAAAGAAGGCUCUGGAAUCUCAGAGCAUUGAAACUUUGAGAGCCAACGCCAUCAAUUCCAUUUCUAGCGUGAGGAAAGCCCUUCCAAACGAGGGACCGCCAAAGAAUGUUUACUCAGUGACCUUGGGUAUGAGUGAAUCUUCUGAAACAUUGCGAAACAAAGCAGCAAAUGCUUCUCCUAAAAAACUACCGCAAUUUGAUGAAUCCGAGAAUCGAGGCCAAACUGCUUCUGAACCGCGCAAUCCACCAAAAAAUGACUCCGUGAUCUUGAUCGACGAUUCUGAUGACGAUAACAUGGAUAUUAGCACCCACGAAGAAGAGCCAAGCCCUCAAGAAAUCGCCGCUCAAAAAGCUCAAGAACUUAACAAACGACUUGAAGCAAAAAGAAAUGAGAAAAAGCAACUCCAAAAGCAGAAAUCUGAUGAGUUUAUCAAGCGACUAGAACCUCAGCAAAAAGAUGCUGAGAAAAAGAGACAGGACGCGUCGGUCCUAGAGCAAGAAGCGAAAAGGCAAAAAGCGAUUAAAUUUGCGGAAGAAAAAGCCAGGCAAAUUGCGAAUCAACAUGCCGUUAGGGAGAGACAGCAAGAGCUUCAAACAAGAAUCAAUGCUGGUCUUGCAAAAAUGGGAGGAAGCGUAAUUGCGACAAACAAGGAUAGGGAAGAAAUGAUCAAAAAUAAUAGGCUGCAGAGAGAAAUCUCAAACUAUCAGCAUGCUAAAACUGCUGCUCAACUGAGGAUGGAGGAGAGACUGGCAAGAACUAAAAAGUUGGCAGAAGAAGGUCUGAAGAUGGUUUCCGGAAAGAUGCCAGUUCAGAAGAAAUUGAGGAUGGACAUCGAAGCCCAGCUUGCUGAAAAGUCACCUGAACCGACUCCUAAAAAGAACGAGAAAUCUUCAGAACCUGCUAAGAAAAAGAAGCGACGAUCUCGAUCUAGAUCUCGUGACCGCUCUCGAUCCCAAGCCCUCGAAGAAGACGAUCCAGAAGCCGAUCAAGAAGUCCUCGGAGGAGACGAAGAUCGCACUCUCGAUCAAGAUCGCGAGACCGUCACCGUCGUCGCCGCUCGAGAUCCCGCUCACGAUCUCGCAGACGCGAUAAAUCCAGAUCUAGCUCAGUUCGGCAGAAGCGAGCUCUCGGAACUGGAAGAAGUGCCAAUUUCAUCAGACGAAGAUUCUAGCCCUUCUCCGUCGCCAAAGCCAUCUAAUUUCAACUUCAUGUCCGGCCCUCCGCCCGGAAUGGGUCCUCCUGUUCCUCCGAUUCCUCCGCCUGUGCCUCCUUUUAUGCACCCGGCUUUUCCACCAUUUGCGCCACCACCUGUUGCCGCUCCUGGGCUUAUUCCACAGUUUGCAACCAGAGAUCCCUAUAAUUUCUUGAAUCAAAUUCCUAAUGUUCCACCUCCGAACUUGGAACCUGCGACUGCUUCAGUCCCUGAAAAAGCUCAGGAAAACGUUCAGCCACCACAAGUUGAGUCAGAAGUAAAUGCACUUACUGAAGAUAUCCGUGCGCAAGCCCAAGCUUUUCAGGCAGAAAAAAAUACUCAAGAUAUUGCUGAGCCUGUCGGCGAAAAAGUCACUGACCGAGACUUUUUCCAAAGUCGUUUUAUCAGGACAAAGAUUGAGGGUGAUAAAGUUGCUUUGAUUAUUCGAGGUCUUCCAGGCUCAGGCAAAACUACUGUAGCCAGAAAAAUUGAAGAAAUGGAGCGUGCGAACGGCAAAAAAGUGAAACGGCUUGAUUUUGUCGACGAGUUCAAGGAAGACAAACAUGACGAUCCGGACUUCACCGAUUACGAGAAGCGAGAAAAGCGCGAAAACUUUUUCCUAAAAAUGGAGAAAGAGUUGCGAAAGAGCAAGUACAAUGUCAUCAUCGUUGAAGACAUCUUUGCCCACGUGACUAGCUUCGAAGAUUUCUACGCUACCGCUGUCAAGUGGUUUUACAAGCCAUUCGUUAUUGAUGUUGGGAAGACAUCUGAAGACGUUGUGCAGGAGUAUUUCCUCAAUCAAGAAAUGAUGCGCUCUCUGGAAAUGUGCGAGUACUUCCAGAAAAGCUACCAGAAGACUCCCGAGCGUUUCAACCGGAUAAUUCUUCGCUACACCUUCGAUGUCGAAACUGACAUCGAAUAUGAAUCCGGCGAGUGUACUACUGGAGAGUCUUCCCAGGAAACCAUAACCGCGGACAUUGAUCCGCGUAGAAGUCCAAGGGACAGAUUGAGCUUUUCAAUUGGCCCAGCUGUCCCUGUUCCGCCAAAUUCUGUGAACUUGGACACUUCAAAGUCACACGCAUCAACUAGCCUUCCUCCUGGCACUUCACCUAUCCCGACACUGGCACCUUCGAGAAGAAAAGAACAUGCUUACGAAAAUUGA